AUGAGAGAAAUUUUACAUCUUCAGGUAGGAAAUUGUGGGAAUCAGCUAGGGAAAUUGAAUUGGGAAAAUAUUUUUGAUGAAUAUUCUAUUGAUAUAAAUGGGAAAUUAGAAGUAAAUAAUGAAAAUAUCCAAGAAAAAAUUGGGGUUUAUCUUGAGGAGAAACAAGAUCAAAAAUAUAUAGCACGGAAUAUAUCGAUCUGCAAGUAUAAUGAGGUUUUAAACCCUGGAUUUUAUUUUAAAAAUCAUUAUGAUGAAAGAGAUUUUAUAGAAAUUGAGAACUCAUGAAAUUGAGCAAAAGGAUAUUACAGAAAAGAAGGAGAUGAUGAUAUAAGGGAUCUUGUAAGAGCUAAGGCAGAAGCCUGCGAUUCCUUGCAGGCAUUUGAGUUCUCACACAGUCUUGGCGGUGGAUCUGGAAGCGGGCUAACUUCGAGAAUUAUUGAAACUCUUAAAGACGAGUUCUCAGAUAUUCUCUUUUGCUUCCAGACAGUUUUUCCAUCUCCAAAAGUGUCUGAUUGUGUUGUUGAGCCUUAUAAUGUAGUGCUUUCUUUUCCUUUUCUUCAUAUGCCUGACAAUCUAAUUUUCGCAAUAGAUAUUGAGUCACUUAUGAGAAUUUUGCUUAAAAGGUAUAAAAUUCCUAACCCAACCUAUGGAGAUAUUAAUCAUUUAGCAGCUCAAGUAUUAGGGGGAGCCACAUCUACCUUUAGAUUUCCGGGUAUGAUAAACGGAGACUUGAAAAAGAUGAUGAAAAAUCUUGCUCCUAUUGAAACAAUGAAUUUUCUUGUGCCUGGAUUUUCACCGUUUACUUGCAGAUGUAACUGUAUGAGACAUUCUGGAGAAAUUCAGGAUUUUUUCAGAGACAUUGUGUCAGAGAAUGCUAUGUGUGAAAUCGUAGAAACCAAUAGAAUUACUUCGAUGGCUUGCUGCUUCAGAGGCUUUGAAGAGAAGUCUCAACAAAUUGAAGAUUUUUUUCGCUCAGAAGGGACAUUUGUUAAUGGUAUUGAGAUAAAAAAUAUUAAAUAUUCAAUGACUGAGUUUAAGCCAAGAGGGCUAAAGAGAGGAGCAUCUUCAUUGAUAAAUACAACAGGGUUUAAGGACAUUUUAAAUAGGAUUCACCAAGAUUUCGAUUUUAUGAAGCGGAGAAAUGCCUUUCUGCAUUGAUAUCUAAGUGAAGGAGUGGAGAUUGAAGAAUUUAAUCAAGCUUCACAUGAAGUUAUUGAUUUGAUUGAGACUUAUCGUUCCUAUGAAAAUUAA